AUGGCUUUGGAAAGAAUGGAAAGCGAGCCGUGUUUAAUUGGUGAUGCAAGUACACAGCACAGUUUACCAACAAUUGAUGGAAAACACAGCGACCUCAUUUCCAUAGAAUCUAAAACCGUGGGUCGGUUACUGCAAGGAGAAUAUUCUCAAGAUUAUACCAUUAUAGACUGUCGCUACCCUUACGAGUUUGAUGGCGGUCACAUUCAAGGAGCUAUGAAUAUAUUUACAGAGGAAGGAAUUCGAUCUUUUUUGGAGAACCAGAGAGCGAGUAAAAGAGGUCCCAAAUUAAUGAGAUUGCUCAGAAGUCUAGAUCGUAAAGAAAACAGUCAUCGUUACCCAGAGUUGUAUUAUCCAGAAAUUUAUCUUUUAGACGGAGGUUAUAAAGCUUUCUACGAAUGUAACAAGGCUCAAUGUAAUCCCCAGGCUUAUCUACCAAUGCUUCACGAAGACCACUCGAGUGAUCUCCGCCAUUUUCGUACCAGAUCUAAGUCCUGGACAGCAGGUGAAAAGCGCAGCUCAAUGUAA